AGUGCUGCACAAUGACAAUCAUUUAGAAGACAUUUCAUCUGAUCAUUUAUAAGAAAUGGGUCAAAAGAAAAGAAAAUUAAAUCAUCACUUAAAUCAUCACCCACCUACACUGCCAGGUUACAGUGAAAACUAUAUGGGUGUACACAGUCAACACUAAUCUCUUAAAACCAUUACAAAUAAAUGCCACUGCAUGAGGCAGAUGGUGUCCAGCAUCAUACUACAGUUUUAGCAAAAGGUCAAAUCUACAUGCUAGUGGUCUUCAGUUUGUCCCUCAUAGGGAACCGUAUAGGCUUUUCGUAGAACCUUCAGCAGAAGGUUUUGCUUGCAUGCCUUUUUUCUACAAGUGUAGUGUUACACUGUUGUUUAAGUUGUCCGCCACCACACACACUUAGAAAAAUGGUUCCAUUUAGCAUCCUGAAGGGUUCUUCAGUUUGCACACUUAAAGGUUCAAUGUGGAACCCUACAACAAGGUUUAAGGAAGAACCAAUUAGAAAGCAUUCUUCUUAAAAUGUUAUUGAUGCAACAAAUGUUCUACAAAGAGCUUUAGUGAUUGACUUCUGGACAGUUAUAUGGUGGACAAGUGGAGUAUAGUAGUGUAGUGGAGUAUAGUAUUAUAUAUAAAGUAUUGGUGGUGGUACAGAGAACUGAAAAAAUUUCACAUAGUCAGUGUGGGUUUCCUCUGGGUUCUCCGAUUUCCUCCCACCUCGCAAAAACAUUCCUGUAGGUGGAUUGCUGACCUUAAGUUGCCUCUCGGUGUGAAUGAGUGUAUAUAUAUAUAUAUAUGUGUAUGGCAUCCUGCAGUGGACUGGUGUCCCAUUCAGGGUGCAUUCCCACCUCACAUGCAGUGUUCCUGGGAUAAGCUCUGGAUCCAACACAACCUGGAUGAAGUGAUUACUGAAGAUGAAAGUAUGAAUGAUUUUUGUGAUAGACAGUUACCAAAAAAAAAAAGUAAAGAAUCAUGGACUGAAAGGUUCUUUUAUGGUACUGCAUAAGAAAACUUUUCUGGAACUAAGAUUUUGAAGAACUUUGAGAUGGCUCUUCAAGUAGAAAUGGUUUUAUCCAGAACUACUGACCAUCCAAAGGAACAUUUUUUUUUCUCUGAGUGUCCAGGACUAGGCUACAUUUUGUGAUUAAAAAAAAAAAAAAUUAGGGCUGAUGAAUCCUUAUUUUAAUUUACGGGUCAUCUGAAUGCCUUUCUAGCCCAACUGGGGAAGAAUGACCUUUAACCUUGAGUGUGUGUGCUGUAGAGUGCAGUGCAGUGUUGAGGAGAGGAGAGGAGAGGAGAGCGCCAGCAGUGAAACAGUUAACUCUGAGCACAGCUCGGUAGUGUCGGACGCCGGAGCGCGGCUCUGAGCAUGUGCUGUUCCUGCUGCAGUGAAGGAAAAUGUGUCAGUUAUCAUUGGAGAGGAGUAUAAGGGAGGAGAGAGGGAGAGGGAGGUUAGCCGGGGCAAACACACGACGAGAAGGACCCGAUACGACGAUGUUCCUGUUUGGUCUCUUGUCCUCUGCAUGAUUACAAUGAACUGGCAGAGGGUCGAUCCCGCACGCGCUGCAGCCCGACAAUAAAGCACGCAAAAACCCCAGAGUUCUGAACGGACCAAGCGGCCCAGUCACCAUGGCAACAGCAAUGACUCCCGAGCCCCUGACGCCGCUGUCACGGUGGUAUCUGUAUGCCAUCCAUGGCUACUUCUGUGAAGUCAUGUUCACAGCGGCAUGGGAGUUCGUGGUCAAUUGCAACUGGAAGUUCCCUGGUGUGACGAGUGUGUGGGCGCUCUUUAUCUAUGGAACCUGCAUCCUGAUUGUUGAGCGCAUGUACCUGCGCCUGCGUGAUCGCUGCAAUGUCUUGCUGCGCUGCCUCAUAUACACCCUGUGGACGUACAUGUGGGAGUUUGGCACAGGGCUGCUCCUGCGUCAGUUUGAUGCCUGCCCUUGGGACUACUCACAGUUCAAGUACAACUUUAUGGGCCUGAUCACGGCUGAAUAUGCCGUGCCCUGGUUCUGUGCAUCAUUCAUUGUGGAGCGUCUAGUCAUUCGCAACACACUGCGGCUGCGCUUUGAUGAGUGGGCAGAGCCUGGCCAGGUUGGAGGAAGUGGUGGAGGAGAAAGAGGAGGAGGAAGGAGAGGAAGAGGAACCAGAGGAGUGGCCACCAAUGCCAAUGGCUAUGUGAAAGUGGACUGAGUGAGAGUUGUCAUUUCCCUCUCCGUCUUUAAAUAUGUAUUUGCCCAGUCUUUUCUUUUCUCCUGAAGAUGUUUCCAGCUUUCUCCUAGCCCACUAUCUGGGAGAGAGAGAUGUUAAGAUUCAGUUGGUGUGGAUCAGUGAAAAAAAACUCCUAAAAAAACCCAAGAAAACCACAGCUGGAAUAAGGCGUGUGGUUUUAGUGCGCCACAGAGGAGAACUGCAGUCUGUCCACUAGUGUCCAAAUUCUGAUAUGCUUCAUUCAGGCAUCCCCUAGCAGCCCAUUAGCCCAGGGAAGAUACAGAGGAUUUUAUUGUGUAGCUUGUAUUGUUUACCCGUCUCUGUAUGUACCUCCCAGACCAGUCCAUCCACUUCAAAAACAGUGGGAGGGAUAAAGAGCAGGAAAAGAACAUAAGAACUUCUGUUUCAUUAAGGAUAUUCCAUCCUGAAAUACAGAAAAAUGGACCAGAAAAUAAAAAAUGCUAUAAAAAAAUCAAUAUUUUUUAGCAUAUUAAAGUUAAGUGUGUAGUAGCAAAAGCAAAUAACUGUUAGGAUAAAGAAUUUUAAUUGUUGAAGUUUGUGUUAUUUAUUAAUAUUUAUCUAAGGGUAGUUAAGUAACUUAUUACAGGCUUAUAAUAUGUUGUAUACUGUGCCCUAAAGUAAUGCAUUGAACUUGAAUCUAGUGUUUUUAUACGGUACAAAAAAGAAUGCUUGAAAAUGCAUGAGAAUAGUGUCUUCCAGUUUUUUUAACAAGAGGCAAAUCUGAAAUGUAUUCCGUAAAAAGAACUGUGUUUAUUUUUAACCAUAUGGAUUAAGACACAAGGGCGUACUGUAUUGUAUUCACUUAUACUGCUGACAGUUAGGAUUUAAAUAUGAGAUGUCUUAAAAUAUUGUGUGAAUAUACUGAAAAGAGUGUUGAGAGAAGUGGGAAAAAAACAUGAACUGCUGCUAUGUUCUCUCGUUGUCCAGAAUAUCUCUGUAUUAAUUAAAAGUGACCAGGCCUUGUGCACUACAGCCCCUUAAAAUAAAAAAGGUUUUCUAGGUUCUAGAAUGAAAAGUCCAAACUUGAUCAUAACAAACAAACAAACAAACUGCCUUAAACUCAUUUUUGUACAUUGAUUAACAAGUUAGUGCAUGUUAAAUUAUUAUAUAAUAACAUUUUUAUUGUAUUGAAAUAGAUGAUGAUCUUGUAUCAAAAUCCAGAAUAUCCCAUCUGUUCAAUAAAUACAAAUAAUACAUUUUACUGAAAGCACCA